AUGGUUUCCAGUUCCCCCAAGAGCUACCUCAACCCCCCUCCAGUUCCCCCAAGAGCUACCUCAACCCCCCUCACCACUCCAGUUCCCCCAAGAGCUACCUCAACCCCCCUCCAGUUCCCCCAAGAGCUACCUCAACCCCCCUCACCACUCCAGUUCCCCCAAGAGCUACCUCAACCCCCCUCCAGUUCCCCCAAGAGCUACCUCAACCCUCCAGUUCCCCCAAGAGCUACCUCAACCCCCCUCCAGUUCACCCAAGAGCUACCUCAACCCCCCUCACCACUCCAGUUCCCCCAAGAGCUACCUCAACCCCCCUCCAGUUCCCCCAAGAGCUACCUCAACCCUCCAGUUCCCCCAAGAGCUACCUCAACCCCCCUCCAGUUCACCCAAGAGCUACCUCAACCCUCCAGUUCCCCCAAGAGCUACCUCAACCCCCCUCCAGUUCACCCAAGAGCUACCUCAACCCCCCUCACCACUCCAGUUCCCCCAAGAGCUACCUCAACCCCCCUCCAGUUCCACCAAGAGCUACCUCAACCCCCCUCCAGUUCCCCCAAGAGCUACCUCAACCCCCCUCACCACUCCAGUUCCCCCAAGAGCUACCUCAACCCCCCUCACCACUCCAGUUCCAUCUGGGAAGCUCUGAUGAUGGAUUUGACAUUCCUUGAGGGGGAAGUUGAUGUUUUUAGACUGAAUGCAUCAAGCUCAUGCCCUGGAAAUCGCUCAAAGCCCGACAUCAUCGAGGACAUCUCAUUCUACAAAAAGGCUGCCAUCUUUGAGAUCCGGUAUCGGCUUUCGAUAGUCAGUCGUAUUCCGCUUCACAGCUCACUAUGUCCUCCUACAACUUGCUUGACUUUCAAGUAUCUGACUCCGACGAUGAUGACCCUGUUCCACCUGCCAAUGUGCGCCGGAGCUCUCGCGUCUCGGGACUCCCCAUGGUCAAACCAUCCGUCUGAGCAGAUUCUGGAGCUACUGGAGAAACAAGGGAUCCCCGUCAAAAGCGGGACUCCGAGAGAAGACCUGCUCUCUAUGGCCCUGAGUAUUCUGGGUACUCUCUCCAUAUCCGACCAGGAGGAUAUCGCUUCCCCGGAGGCCCCAGCUCAGCCGAAAAAGGCAAGCCGAAAGCGCCCGGCUAAGCCUCCUCCAUCUCAGCCAGGAAAAAGGGCGUACAAAGCUCCGACGCGCCCCCAGCCUUCGGCCUCCCAAAUCCAAACUUCGCCGGCGUCCGAUCAAUCCAUCGUGGAUGCUAUCCUGUCUCUCACAUCGACAGUGAAAGGCCUCGAAGCAAGAAUGGAAGCCUUCGAGAGACCAUCAACUUCCACACCGGCAGCCUCUCUCAACAUCUCAGCGUUUUCCCACGCGCCGCUCCCCUCCACUUCCUCCUUCUUGCCAGCGGCGUUUCGCCCUCCCGCUCACUCCGCGGGCGCACCACUUACAGAAGCCUCCGCCCUAGCAGGUCUACAUACCUUCAACCUCGCUUCAGCGCUCCCAGCUCAAGAUCCGGCUCUCACGGCCAUCCCGCCACUUUUUGCCCUAAAAGCGUCAACAGGGAUCCGACGCCUGCUGCUAUCCAUGCUUUUGCAAAGAUCCCCACCCAAAGUCGGUCUGCCCCCGGCGAAUGAGGCCUCCUACGAGAGGGAAGCCUGCAACAACAUCAAAACAAUUCUAAGCGGGCAUCCCUCCACACCAAUUAAUGUGCCUGCCCUCUCUCACUUUCUGUCCUCUCACCCCGAUCCUUCUUUUGUUAAUUUUCUAAUCACAGGGCUUUCUCAAGGGUUUCGGGUCGGCGUCCUCUCCCCUUUGAGGACUUCCUAUGUGGCUAGGAAUUUAUUAUCUGCUCUGUCCGAACCACUUACUGUGUCGAGCCUGCUGGCCAGAGAAGUCAAUAAAGGCUACGUGGUUGGACCGUUCUCUUCUCCUCCUUUCUCUCCUUUUAGAGUAAAUUCAAUAGGAGUCACGACCCGCAAACAUUCAGGGAAAAAGCGCCUCAUCUUUGACAUGUCAUCUCCCCACUCUGAACGCGUAGCCAGCGUUAAUGAGUGUAUCCCCCUUUACCCCUUUUCCCUCUACUAUGCUUCUGUCGACAAUGCUGCCCACUUAAUCAAGAUAGCAGGCCAAGGUGCAUGGCUUUCGAAGGCCGAUAUCACAGACGCUUUCAAAGUCAUGCCCAUUCAUCCCUCUGAAUGGCCCCUUUUCUGGGUUAAGUGGGAGUCAAAAUUUUACUUCGCGGUUAGGCUGACAUUUGGCUGUAGGAGUAGUCCUCACAUUUUCAACUGCUUGUCAGAAGCAUUGUGUUGGAUCCUGCUUAACGUUUACAAAUUACCAUUCGUUCUCCAUCUCCUCGAUGAUUUUUUGCUCAUCGACUUCCCGUCCGCCAAGACUUCCGUGCUAGACACGCUUAGACAAACUUUCAGCACCAUAGGCGUCCCGCUCUCUGAGGAGAAAACCGUGGGUCCUCUUACGUCACUCGAAUUUCUAGGCAUUAUGCUGGACUCCGUCAAAAUGCAAGCUUCUCUUCCAGAAGAGAAACUCCUCAGAAUAAGGGCCAUUACCGCUUCGUUUGUGUCUUCUAGUGCGGUUUCUAAACGCGAACUUCUUUCGCUACUAGGCCAUCUAAAUUUCGCCAUGAGGAUAAUCCCUCAGGGCCGCUCAUUUAUUUCUCGUCUCCUAAAUCUGGCUCAUUCCGUCGAGAAGCUGUCUGAUCUAGUCCAGAUCGACGAAGGUAGCAGGUCCGACCUCAGGUUCUGGUCCCAGCUCCUUAACAAUUGGAACGGCAUUUCGUUUUUCUACAACGAAGUCCCUGAAUCUUCCGCUUCCCUCGAUUUGUUUACGGACGCGGCUCCUUCAGUGGGCUUUGGGGGGGUCUUCCAAGGGCAAUGGUUCGCAGAGAAAUGGCCAGCCGAGUUCUCCGCCUUUGCCCUUGGAUCUGCCUCUUCUGCUCUUCAUGAGCUCUACCCCGUCGUGGUUGCGAGUGUUUUAUGGGGUGGCUCUUGUUCUCGCAAACGCAUAACUCUUCAUUGCGAUAACGCGGCAGUCGUCGGCAUGAUAAAUAAAGGAAGGUCUUCAUCUGCCAUUAUCAUGCCACUACUUAGACGUCUAACAUGGCAAUCUGUGAUGCAUAAUUUCAUCAUUAACGCAGAACAUAUUCCUGGUUAUUGCAAUGUACUUGCUGAUGCGCUGUCUCGUUCUCGUUUUCAGGAGUUCAGGCGGCGAUGCCCAACAGCCAACCCGGAGCCGACACCAUGCCCAGCGUUCACAGACCUAAUUCUGGACUGAACGUCGAUUUGGAUUCUCUCCUAGCGUCAGCUAGAGUUUACAUGGAAAAAGGGGUAGCCCCAAAUACACUAAAAGCUUAUAAAUCGGCAUGGUCUUGGUUCACUAUUUUCUGCGGCUCACUCCAAUUACCCUUGUUUCCUGUUCUUAUUACUACUAUUUGCGCUUUCAUCGUUUACAGUUCCGAAUCACGUCGUCUUAAAAUUCCUACAAUUAGAAGAAUGUUAGCAGGGAUACAAUUCUAUGCCAAAUGCCAUGACCCUAACUUUUCUAGCUUAUUUUCUGUACCUUCCGUUCGCUGGCUUCUCAAAGGUCUCGCUAAAUCCACUCUCUCAG